AUGACGAUACAGCGAACUGCAGAGGCGGCACACCAAGCAACCCAGCGGCGCAUCUCGCAGAUGCUCCAGCAGGCAUAUGCGGACUUGAAACCGGGAACCAUGUUCAAGAGCAAGGAUGGCGUGUUACGUGCUUUGGCAGUCGUCGCUGUGUUCCAUGAGAUGAAUGCAGCCACCGAUCAACACGGUUGGUUGCAAGGCAAGGGGGUUGAGGUGCCUACAGCAAGCACGGCAGCAGAAGCCUCUCGGCGGUGUGAGCAGUCACAACAGACGCAGCAGAGCAACAACCCCACGAGCAGACCCAAGGACAGCAGCGCUGACGUGGGACUUGACGUGCGCAUUGUCGUGUAUCCCAUGGGUCUGCACGAGCUGUGCACCAUACUUGCGCAUCACGAUGGUGUGGUAGACAUCGAGUGUCUCCCACAAGCAGACGUCGUCCUUGCUCGGUUCAGGGGUCAUGAGGAUGUGGAACUUGUAGUUGUGGACAUUGAUGGCUGUUGCUCCAUUAGCUACAUUUCGUGUACAGAUCCUUUGCGACACUCGGCAAGGCCACAGGACUGCUAG